GAAAUCUAACCAUUCUAUUCAAUUCAGAUUGGAAUCCAUUACACCUACCACGGGCGGGGCUCCAACUUACAACCUGCAAUGUUGCAUGAAUGUCUAGUGGUACAGUAGCUGCAUGAACAACUUAAACCACUAUACCAUACCAAGCCCCCUCGAUUUGCAUACGAAAAUAAUACUGUACAAUUGUUUUAUUAAAUCAAAUUAAAUGGUGAAAUUAUAUAAUUAUUGAUCAUGAAUUGUGAUUUGGAUUUUUCAGUUUGUUUUGGCUGUGCUCGUUUCUAGCCUGCGCUGUUUACCUGACUUAUGUGAUGAUUCAAGAAUUAGGAAAUUACUACAAUUACCCUACCUACACAACACUUGAAGUGGAGAGACAUUCUGAAAUUGAAUUUCCUGCAGUAACUAUUUGUAAUUUAAAUUCAUUAAGCAAAUCAUUAGUCUUGAAUGAUUCUAGAGUUGAUAAUUACUAUUUAAGUAUUGGACCACGAGAUAUAUUUGGUCUGUACAACGAGUUCAAUUGGAGUGAUCCAUUUUAUGAACAAAACGGAUUUUUCAGCAACAGAACUGUGGAAGACAUCUUAUUGGAACAUAAAAAAUUACAUUAUGGUCUGUUUAAUUCAUUUAUGUUUGAUCAAACCUCCUACCUGGAUUCCGAAGAAUAUUUCUCUGUGGAGUUAAAACCGAACGGACCAUGCCUUACUUCGAAAAAAACCAAAAUAUUCAACACGUCAUAUACAGGGUCCGAAUACAACUUUGUAAUGUGGUUGGAUGUAGACCGUGAUAAUAGUUAUUUUGGCCAAUGGUUAGGAGAAGGGGUACAGUUCACAGUUCACGACAAGGAGGAAGAUCCCCACUUUCAAGGCUCCAGUGGAUACUAUAUUGAACCUGGGCACGAGUAUUACGGCGCGCUGAUGAAAUACACGAUCCAUUAG